AUGAAAAAGCUCCUCUUGGUUGCGCUGCUUUACCUGCUGAGGGAGCAGCUCCCCACACACGCAGAAGAACACAUCUGUGAUUUCACCAAGGAGAAGUACCUUCUGGGGAAGAAUGAAAAAGAAUACUGUGAGGUGUACGCCAAACCUUUCGAUAGCGUAACAUUUAUUUGUCCAAAAAAAAUAGGAGCACAGUGCUUUCAAAAUGUAAACACCUCAGAUGAUAUAAGUAAAGAAAAAAUGGCUUCAUCAGGGCUCUCAAUAGAUGAGCUGCUAUACGGAUCGACUUUGUAUGGAGACACCCUCCUCAUAUCACCAACGGUGAAGGAAAGCAAGACCUUCUACUGCUUCUGUAAUUUACAAAUGAAGGACGCGAAGAAGUUUCUAAAGCAGAGAAAAUUAUCUAAGGAAAAGGAAAAUGCGAAAAAGAAAACCAAUGUCAAUGUGGACGAUUUGCAAAAUGAGGACGAAGACAUGGAGGUGGUAAUCCCACAGAAGCAAGUAGAUGCGAAUCUAGUUCGAGCAUUACACAGGGUAAAAAAAGUUAUGAAUAUAAUAGAGCGUGAGAAGAAAAAAGAGGAAGAAGAUAAACCUCAAUAUGAGGAAGACGAAGAAGAAAUCGUAAUUGAUGAGGAGGAAGACGAGGAUGGACCAGUGGAUGAGAGUAAAGCUGAAAAAAUUAUUACAAAAUAUGGAAUCAUGAAAGUUGUUGUUUCUACGAAUGAUACAAUAACUAAAGGAUGCGAUUUUGGCAACCAUAUGGUGAAUUAUUUUUCUAAUCCCUACGCUGUUGAGAGGCAUGGAGGCAGUAAGGUGUGCAGAAUUGAGGCCAAGCCUGGGGAAUUUGUUGGAUUCAAGUGUAUAUAUGAUAACAACGGCACUGUCGAACCACAAAACUGCUUUGACAAGGUUUUGUAUGAGGGUAAAGUAACCGAUUUACAAACUCUCAUGCCUGGUUAUAUAUCCUAUGGAAAUAGGCGGAAGGGCAAAUACGCUUUUUACUUAAAGCUGCCCCACUUUGUGCAACACAGCUAUACCAUUCGGUGCAAGUGCAGGUCUAACGUGCACGAGUAUGAUGGGUACGUCUUCGAGUUGGCCGUAGAGGGCGGAGAGAGCGAAGUUGUUGCCAAGUCCUUCCAGGAGUAG